CCGCGCGUUUCCCCGCCGGGAGCCGCGGCCGCCUAGACUUCUCGAGGGGCUCGCCUCUGCCAAGAAGCCCCGCGGCAGCCGCUGGGCGCUGACGGGAGCCGGAGGAUUUUUCCGCCUCGCCUUCUUCCAAGUUUGCGAAUCUCCUCGUCUCUACUUGGUGUUCAGCUGGACAACACCUUAGCUGUUCUGGAGAUGGACUUGCUUUCUGGGACUUACCUCUUGGCAGUCUUACUAGUCUGCAUCGUGUUUCAGUCGGGUGCUCAGGAGAAGAAUUAUACAGUGCGGGAGGAGUUACCAGAGAAUGUCCUAAUUGGCAAUUUGCUUAAGGAUCUCAAUCUGACACUGGAUCCUGAUGUGCCCCUUUCAUCUCCUCUUCAAUUCAAGCUUGUGUACAAGACUGGCGAUGUUCCACUUGUCCGUGUGGAGGAGAAUACCGGAGAAAUAUUCACCACUGCCAAUCGCAUUGAUCGGGAAAAGCUUUGCUCUGGCAUUUUUAGUGAGAACCGUUGUUUUUAUGAGGUGGAAGUUGCAGUUCUUCCUGAUGAAGUCUUCAGACUGGUCAAGAUUCGAUUCCUGAUUGAGGAUAUAAAUGACAAUGCUCCUCUUUUUCCAUCAACAGUCAUUAAUAUCUCCAUCCCUGAGAACACAGCUAUCAACUCCCGCUAUUCUGUUCCAUCUGCUAUUGAUCCUGACAUUGGAGUGAAUGGCAUUCAACACUAUGAACUCCUUAAGCCCAAAACAGCUCCGAAAAGGACCUUUGGAUCCAAUACAAAUGAACAGGGUCAAAAUGUAUUUGGACUUGAUAUAAUUGAAACACCGGAGGGAGACAAGUGGCCCCAGUUGAUAGUGCAACAAAUCCUUGAUAGGGAGCAGAAGGACACCUAUGUGAUGAAGAUUAAAGUGGAAGAUGGUGGAAACCCUCCACGAUCCAGCACUGCCAUCCUCCAGGUCACUGUCACUGAUGUUAAUGACAACCGUCCAGUAUUCAAGGAGAAUGAUAUUGAAGUCAGUGUUCCUGAAAAUGCAGCAGUGGGCACCUCUGUUUCUCAGCUUCAUGCCACAGAUGCUGACUUGGGGUCAAAUGCCCAGAUUCACUUCUAUUUUAGCAGCCAGAUCUCCAAUUUGGCCAAAAGACUGUUUGCCAUAGAUAACACCACGGGUCUUAUAACCGUCAAGGAGCCAUUGGACCGGGAGGAAUCUCCAGUACACAAAUUAACAGUUUUAGCAAGUGACGGCAGUUCAACACCCUCAAGAGCCACAGUAACAGUCAAUGUCACAGACAUUAAUGAUAACAUUCCAUCAAUAGACACAAGGUACAUUAUCAAUCCAGUGAAUGGGACUGUGUUAUUGUCAGAGAAAGCACCACUCAAUACGAAAAUUGCCCUGAUUACUGUAAUGGAUAAAGAUGCGGAUCUUAAUGGCAAAGUGACUUGCUUCACAGACCACGAUGUACCGUUCAGGUUAAAGCCAGUGUUUGAUAAUCAGUUUCUGCUGGAAACAGCCACCUUCCUAGAUUAUGAGGCCACCCGAGAAUACGCCAUAAAAAUAGUGGCUUCGGAUUCAGGAAAACCACCCUUGAACCAGUCUGCCAUGCUCCUCAUCAAAAUCAAAGAUGAAAAUGACAACGCCCCAGUGUUCACCCAGCCUGUGAUCGGGCUCUCUAUUCCUGAGAAUAAUGCUCCUGGAACCCAGCUGACCAAGAUAAGUGCUACAGAUGCAGAUAGUAGCCGCAACGCUGAGAUCAGCUACAUGCUGGGAUUGGAUGCACCUCCAAUUUUCAACCUGGAUCGUCGUACAGGCAUUCUGACAGCAGUGAGAAAGCUGGAUAGAGAAAAACAGGAUCGGUAUUCAUUCACAGUGCUGGCUAAAGAUAAUGGUAUGCCACCUUUGCAAACCAAUGCUACUGUGACGGUUUCAGUUUUGGACCAAAAUGACAACAGUCCUGCUUUCACACACAACGAGUAUAACUUUUAUGUGCCAGAAAAUCUACCCAUGUAUGGAACGGUUGGACUGAUCACUGUGACUGAUGCAGACUCUGGAGAAAAUGCAGUAGUGACCUUGUCUAUAUUAAAUGGCAAAGAUAAUUUCAUUAUUGAUCCUCUCACUGGAGUCAUAAGGCCUAAUAUUACUUUUGACAGGGAACAGCAAGGAUCUUACACUUUUCAGGUGAAAGCAGUGGAUGGGGGCCGGCUACCACGCACGUCAACAGCUAAAGUGACUAUCAAUGUAGUGGAUGUGAAUGACAACAGGCCUGUUUUUGUCAUUCCUUCAACAAACUACUCAUAUGACUUGGUUCCAAUGUCUACCAGCCCUGGCUCUGUAGUGACAAAGGUGUUUGCUGUUGACAACGACACUGGAAUGAACGCUGAACUCCGCUACAGCAUUAUCGGUGGGAAUUCGCGGGGAUUGUUUAUGAUUGAUCAGUUAACAGGCAAUGUCACUUUGAAAGAGAAAGUCAUAUCAGCAGAUCAUGGAUUACACAGACUAGUAAUCAAAGUCAAUGAUUUAGGGCAGCCUGAAUCCUUGUAUACCAUAGCAUUAGUACAUUUAUUUGUGAAUGAAACAGUCACCAAUGGAUCAUAUGUCCAAGAGUUGGUGCGCCGAAACAUGGAAACACCAGUUGGCCAAAAUGUUGGUGAUGGAGACAUUACCCCACAAACCAAUGACUAUGUCAAAAUCAUCAUUGCCAUUAUUGCAGGCACCAUGACGGUGAUCUUGGUCAUUUUUGUGACAGCUCUGGUUCGUUGUCGCCAAACACCCAGGCACAAAGUUGUCCAGAAAAGCAAGCAGAGUGGCGAGUGGGUUUCUCCAAAUCAAGAAAACCGUCAGAUCAAGAAGAAGAAGAAGAAGAAGAAGCGCUCUCCAAAAAGUCUUCUUCUAAAUUUUGUGACAAUUGAAGAAUCUAAGCCUGAUGAUCCUGGCCAUGAACACAUCAAUGGCACAUUGGACAUUCCUGUAGAGCUAGAAGAACAGACUAUGGGAAAAUAUAACUGGGCCACCACACCAACCACCUUUAAACCUGACAGUCCAGAUUUAGCAAAGCACUACAAGUCUGCCACUCCACAGCCCACAUUUCAAAUUAAACCUGAGACUCCAGUACCACCGAAGAAACACCAUGUCAUACAGGAACUGCCUCUGGAUAACACUUUUGUGGUGGGAUGUGAUUCCCUCUCCAAGUGUUCUUCCAGUAGCUCGGACCCAUACAGUGUCUCUGAAUGCAGCUGUCAGGGAGGAUUCAAGGCUCCUGGCUCUGUUCACACCAGACAGCUCUGAACGUCUUCGCAUCGACUGUUAAGUACUGAAGUCGUACAGAAUGAUGUUAAGCCAGCAAACAUGGAAAUAUGGGCAUAGCACGAGAAAGCCCUUUGUCUUCCCUCCCUGAUUGCUGAAGAAUUUUAUCGUCUGAUCUCCAGAGGGGUUUUCGAAGUGGCCUGAACUGUUCAAGCUGCCCUACUGAAAGGUAUUCAGGGCAAGAACACUCACAAUUGAAAGGGAUGCAAAGGAAAGGAAAAAAAAGAGAGAGAAAGAGACUUUAGAACAUUGUGCUUUAGCUAUUCUAUA